GGUGACGGUCAUGACGUCUGUCAUGUAGCAGACGGCAGCCAGCUCAGCUGUCAAUAUUGUUGACGUUUAAAUUGUUGAUGAUAUUUUGUAAUCAGUGAACUUGACUUAUAGAAAAGAUAUAAUAACGGGUUUUUAUAAAAUGUCAGCUGAAAUGGAUCUAUUUGAAGACAGUGAGGAUCCAAUGCCACAAGGGGAUCUCGAAGACGAUGUUGUCCAGCAAGUACUUACUAUGGGAACGGACUUACGACAAUAUUCCAGGCAAAUUGAGAAGGAGCUGAAGGAAGUUGAGAAUAAAUCCAUCCAAGAUUAUAUCCAAGAAAGUCAGAAUAUAGCUAGCUUGCAUAAUCAAAUCGAUGCUUGCGAUAAUAUCUUAGAGAAAAUGGAAUCGAUGUUACUCAGUUUCAAAACAGACCUCGGGAGCAUUAGCUCAGAGAUCUUAUACCUCCAACGAAAGUCUGUCGCUAUGAGCCAACAACUGUCUAAUCGCCAAGUUAUUCGGGGACCCCUUAGUCAAUUCAUCGAGGAUAUGACGGUUUCUGAAGCCCUCAUUAAGGGAAUAAUGGACUGCCCAGUAACUGAAAAAGAAUUCUUAACACAGCUGCAAACCCUUAAUCAUAAGAUAAAUUUUGUCAAGGAGCAGAGUUUCAAGGAAGCAAAGUCAUGUCAAGACGUUAAAGAAAUACUGGAGAAAUUAAAGAUAAAAGCAAUGGCUAAAAUACGGACCUACUUACUGGAACAGAUCUAUAAAUUCAGAAAACCAAUGACCAACUAUCAAGUGCCGCAAAAUAACAUGCUUAAAUACAAAUUCUUCUUUGAGUUCGUACUCUCAAAUGAGAGGAAUGUAGCUGAAGAAAUAUGCGGAGAAUACAUUGAUACUAUGAGUAAGAUUUACUAUUCUUACUUCAAAUCGUACUCUUCACGAUUAAUGAAGCUACAGUUUGAAGAAGCUGCCACUAAAGAUGAUUUGAUGGGGGUCGAAGACACGGCUGGUAGAGGUAUUUUCCACAAAACUAUUCUCAAGCAUCGAGGCACCGUUUUCUCAAUAGGAACUAGGGGAGAGGUUCUCAAUUCUCAAUUAGAAGCUCCGAUAAUUGUUCCACACACCGCCUCCAAGACCAGAUACCAUUACGAAGCUCUAUUCAGAAGCGAGCAAUAUGCACUGGUCGAUAAUGCUUGUAGAGAAUAUUUGUUCUUGGCAGAAUUUUUCAAAGUCAGGGGAACACAGGCAAUGGAUAUUUUUGAUCAAGUAAUGGGAAAGACAUUGCACCUCUUAUUGAAAAAUUUGCAGUCCUUUGUGGACGAUUGUUACGACACGAUAGCUCUCUUUCUCUGCCUACAUUUGGUCAUGCGAUACCAAUUGACUUGUCACAAACGCGCAGUUCCAGCUUUAGACAAAUACUGGGACAAUCUUACCUCAGUUGUUUGGCCAAGGUUUAAAUACGUUUUUCGUUUGAAUAUCCAAAGUAUCAAGGACUGCGAUCCCUGGAAAUUGAACAGAGACAUAGGACCUCAUUACAUAACGAGACGCUAUGCGGAAUUCAGUGCUGCAAUGGUUGGAGUUGGAGAGGGAUUUCCAUGCGAGGGAGCUGCACAAUUGCUCGCUGAGCUGAGAGAAGCUGUACAAUGUUUUCUGCUCAGGAUGGCUGCAGUUUUUGUACAAAGAACUCAGCAAUUGGUGUUUUUGAUCAACAACUACGAUUUGGUGCUCGGUGUUCUCAUGGAAAGAACACGGGAUAAUUCAAAGGAAGCUGAUAGUUUCCGGGAACAAUUGAAUGCGCGUUCUUCAGAGUACGUGGAGGAGAUUCUCAGUCCUCAUUUCGGGGGUAUAAUACAAUUGGUAAAAGAGACUGAGGCUCUAGCAGAUAAAGGCCAAGCCGAAUAUUUCAAACAGCACGAAGGGAAAGCACUGGUUCUAGUUGAGGCUUUUACGCAGUGCUGGAAAAACGAGUUGGCAUUAAUCAAUAGCGAAGUUCUCAGAUCCUUCCCGAGCUUGGUUUUGGGCGGAGCGCUGCUCCAGAGAGCCUUGACUCAGUUUGUCCAGUAUUAUCAUCGUUUACAUAAAAUUUUACCUGCAAAUGCAAGAGCGCGAUUGACCAACAUUCAUCACAUCAUGGUUGAGAUUAAAAAGUACAGAACGAAUUACUAAAGCUUACUUCAAGUAGUUAUGUGACGUAUAAAUUAAUUCAACCCACCAAACUGAGAAUAUUCCACAAAAUUUAUAGCUCGUAGUUUGAUGGGCGAGUGUACUAUCUAUUUAUUUAAUUUUACAUCUAUUAUCUAUGUUUCGUUCACUAUUUAUUAAGGCCAGAUGAUCGUACUGUAAAACAGUGAAAAUGAAUUUAUAUCAUGUGUGCAAACCAUCGUUAUAAUCUGUAUAUAAUGAAGACUCAUUAAAGUAAAAAAUUUCUCAUAA